GUGAAAGGUCCGCUGCAUAUGCUUGUCGGGUUCACCCAAUCACCCCUGCGCUGCUUCCUUUGUCAGGUUCAGUCGCUCACCAAUCUGCCGUUCACACCUCUCUCGCUGCCUUUAUUUCCUGUUGGCGACGCUCUCGCCAGGUCUUCGGCGGCCCGUUCGUCGGCGACUAGCGCCUCCGUUUGCCAGGUCUUCGUCGUCCGUUCGCCGUCGACUGGUGCCCAGCAGCCAGGUACAUCUGGAAGAAUGGUGAUUUACCUUAGCACACCAAAAACCGACAAGGUAUCCGAAGAUGGGGAAAACGAUAAACUUAAAUUCGGACUUUCAUCUAUGCAAGGGUGGCGUGCAACUAUGGAAGACGCUCACUCGGCUUUGCUAGAUCUUGACAAUGACACUGCAUCCUUUGGUGUUUUUGAUGGACAUGGAGGAAAAGUAGUUGCCAAAUUCUGUGCAAAAUAUCUACACAUAGAAGUUCUCCAUACCGAAGCCUAUGCUGCUGGUGACCUGGGUGCUGCUGUCCACAGAGCUUACUUAAGAAUGGAUGAAAUGAUGCGGGGUCAAAGAGGAUGGCAGGAACUCCAAGCACUUGGAGAUAAGAUAAAUCAGUUCACUGGCAUAACAGAAGGCUUGAUUUGGUCCCCUAAAGCAAGUGAUUCAAAUGAUAGACAUGAUGAUUGGGCUUUCGAGGAGGGACCACACUCUGACUUUACUGGGCCAAAUUGUGGGAGUACAGCAUGUGUAGCAUUAGUGAGAAAUAGGCAACUCGUUGUGGCAAAUGCUGGUGACUCCCGCUGCGUCAUCUCAAGGAAUGGCCAGGCAUACAAUUUGUCAAGAGACCAUAAACCAGAGCUUGAGGCAGAGAGAGAAAGGAUACAAAGUGCUGGGGGUUACAUUAAAAUGGGGCAUGUAAAUGGAAGUUUAAACUUGUCAAGAGCUAUUGGAGACAUGGAGCUUAAACAAAACAAGUUCUUGUCCCCUGAUAAGCAAAUUUUGACCGCAAACCCUGACAUAAACAUUGUCGAGCUAUGUGACGACGACGAAUUCAUUGUUUUAGCAUGUGAUGGCAUUUGGGACUGCAUGUCAAGCCAGCAGUUGGUUGAUUUCAUCCGUGAACAUAUAAACACAGAGGAAAGCCUUUCUGCAGUAUGUGAAGGAGUGCUUGAUAGAUGCCUGGCUCCAUCGACCAUGGGUGGCGAGGGAUGCGAUAACAUGACGAUGAUCUUGGUGCAGUUCAAGAAGCCAUUUGCUCAGGUAAAGGAUGCCAGUGAUGCGGAACAACUAACUGGAGAUGCGGGAUGCUCUGAGACCCAGUGAGUCACCUGUGAUUGUGUGGGGCCGAGGAGAAUGACUCUGACAAGCAGAUAUAGCGAAGACAGGACUCUUUUGGAGUCUUGGUACAUGGCCUGACGCUGAACCUGGGUAAAACAGGAGUACGAUGUUGCAAUGUACAUACCAACCAUGCGCUGAGUUGGCGUGAAGGAUAUAUUCAUUGUUCCACUGUUGUCUUUAACCAAACGUGCUGUUUUCUUCCGGUUGUGAUUUUUGGUGACCUGAUCAUCUGACAAUAUCUAAUUAUACAUUUGGGAGGAAAUGAUGUUACAAUAGUUA